AUGACGCGCAGCGAGAUGCACGGCCCUCAACGUGUCUCACCAAACGAUGGUGUACGUCCGUCAAAUCGCCAGAAUGCAAAUCACCCGAAUGGAAGCCCCACUCGACGUGGGAAUUUCCAUGGAGGACACGGUCAUUUCAUGCAUAUAAAAGAUUUGCAAAGUCUUGCUCAAGAAUCGCAUCAGCGAUAUGAAGCACACCUGACAGCCCGAAAGCUACUUGACGCUGCCGAGGGUGCACUCAAGAAAGUCGACACCGACGUCAGCUUCAAACGACCAGAUAGAGCGUAUGUCGAAUGGCUGGUUGGCUCAGAAAUAAUACUACACAUCAUACCGAAGCAUUUGGAAAGACAUGCUGCUAUUGACUCAGAUAAAGAUAGGGCAGGCUUCAGUCGACGAUACUCGGAUCUGAGAAAACGAGUCGACUCUCAAUGUGAUAUGAUCACGGAGAUCUAUAACAAGAUUGUGGAGGACAAUGUUCAGAGUGGUGUACAGCCUCAAGAUACUAUAAAUUCAGGCAAUGUGAACUCUCAAAGAAGGGGGAUCAAUGAAAGGCCGGAUCAAAGUCCCAGACCGCUUUCGAUGCCUGAGUCUCCAGUGGCAAACGGAAGUCGAAACGACGAGCUUUUCCUUCAGGAGUCAAGAAGGCUGAUAUCUGCUUCGACCAAGCGGUCUCCUUCACCCCGAAGUAAGCCAAUAGUAAAACCGAAGCCUCAGAAUCUCCGCAUCCACACCAGUCAAGUAGCUGACGCCAUGCGUCCGGGUUUCAGAAAUGGCGACGACAUUGCCGAGAGGUUUUCUCAGCUUCGUGUUCAGCGCCCAAGCGCUUUAGACACGGUGCCUCAUGGCGGGUACAAAAGAGAUUCGGUUGGUGCAUCCUCGUCCUCUCCAGAAUCGACACCGCCUACCUCUGACACGUCGGCUCGCUCUAAUGCAACGAUAUCCUCUGAUGGGGGUGUGCCUACAUUCUCAAUGAAGCCAUUAGGACCUCGCUCAAUGCCUACAGCUUCUAUGACCCCGGCGAUCCCACCCAAGAUACCUCUGAGUCCCCUUCACAAUGAACAAUUCCAACCAUUACCGCAGCCGCCAAAACCCGCCUACGACCCUUCCAAGACCGCUAUGCUUUCUAAUAAUACGACAAAGCCUUCUCUGAACCGUAAAGCUAGCAUUAUCGGAAUAGAGGAAAGAAAUUCACGAUCUCCUCAACGCCAUUCGGGACAUCAGACGUUAGCCAAUGGCAUCGUUUUACCUGCUAGGUCUAGUAGCAUGCAACCGCCUCAAACAACAAUCUCGGCAACGGAAUUGUACAAGCAAUUCCAGAAAUCUAAUGUUCUUGUAAUAGACGUCAGGACUCGUGAAGUCUUUGACUCCGGUCAUAUUUUCGCAAAGAAUAUCAUAUGCGUCGAGCCUGUGGGUAUGACACAUGGCAUGUCUGCCGAGGAAUUGGAAGAAAGAUUAGUCAACUCGCCAAGCGCAGAAUUGACUUUGUUUGGCAAGAGACAUGAGUUUGACCUGGUAGUUUACUAUGACCAGCGGACUAGUACAGAUGCAUUUCUGGUAGGUCCUCCAAGUCGGACUGAGGCAACCCAUCUCCGAACGCUUCACGACACUUUGUUCGAGUUCGAUGAUUACAAGCCCCUCAGAAAACGGCCCCUGGUGCUUUCAGGCGGCCUAGACGCUUGGGUUGACUUAUUGGGAUCCCAUUCUUUAGAGACAUCCCGGACAACUGCAAUCACACAGUCGAAAAGCCUUCAAAGUUCGUCGAGGAAACCAGCCAGACCAAUUGGACGGGUACCGCCAGCUAGUGCCAAUUCAAGCCUUGAAGUGCGAAGACGUAGACUGAAGGAACAGAAAACUCUCAACGCAGACGAAGAGCGUCGAUGGCUCGAAAAGGCGCAAAACGAGGAAGUUAAUCCUGCAGACUAUCAAGCGGAUCAAAGCGACAGCGAGAUAGAUCAACAGGGCGAAGAACCUCCUUCCCCAUUUGUACAUUCGUACGAGGACUUUUUGAGAAGGUUCCCUGAGCCAGCUUCGGCGCACCCACACUCGUAUCCACCGCCACCACCACCUAUUAUUCAAGCGCGUUCACAAGAUUCCCUCGAGUCAUUACCAAGCGUACCUUCACGCCCAGCUCCUGCUAUACCACGUCCGAGCUACAGUGGUGUCUCGAACAGAGAAUCAACUUUAUACUCGCCCAUAUCUCGACAAACAUCGGCUACUCAGCAGCCUUUGUAUACGUCCAGAUCCGUAUCACACUAUCGAAAACUACCUCGCACUGGUCUCGUCAAUUUUGGUGUCACGUGUUACAUGAACGCAACCAUACAAUGUCUUCUGGCCACAAUCCCAUUAUCUCAGUUCUUUCUCUCGGAUCGUUGGAGGGAUCUCACAGUAAAGAACUGGAAAGGCUCAAAUGGUAUCCUGCCGAGUCAUUUUGCAAAUCUGAUACGCAGUCUCUGGAAAGACGAAGAUCGAGCAAUUCGUCCCGGCUCUCUUCGCAAUUUCUGUGGUCGGUUGAAGGACGAUUGGGGUAUUGAUCGGCAACAAGACGCAAAGGAGUUUUUUGAUUUCCUUGUAGACUGCCUGCACGAAGACUUGAACCAAAGAUUUAAUCGGACUCCACUGGAUACUCUAUCGGAACAACAAGAACGGAUACGUGAAAGCUUGCCAUUUCGCAAGGCGGCUAAGAUGGAGUGGGAACGGUAUGCCCAUCGCGAGUAUUCCUAUAUUGCAGACUUAUUCGCCGGUCAACAUGCCUCCAGGAUACGCUGUACCACGUGUAACAGUACCUCGACGACUUUCGAGGCCUUUUACAGUAUUUCCGUCGAAAUACCACGAAGUAGCCUACGGCGCGGUUCAUUAUCACUCCACGAUUGCCUGAAAUCAUACUGUCAAGAGGAGAAAUUAUCCGGCGAUGAGGUUUGGAAGUGUCCUCAUUGCAAGAAGGAAAGAGAGGCCACGAAGAAGAUCACCAUCACACGAGCUCCGCAGUUCCUCGUGGUGCAUUUCAAGCGCUUUGAGAUGCGGAAAGGAGACGCCAAGAAAGUCCACACGCCAAUCGAUUUCCCCUUGCACGGCCUGGAUCUGGGGAACUACAUGGCUCGUGACGACGCCUCCGUUCGAAAUCAGCCAAAUGAGUCUAUGGACAUAGCAAUGACACCUCCAUACAUAUACGACUGCUACGCCGUCAUGCGACAUAUUGGUAAUACCCUGAGCGGUGGCCACUACAUUUCUAUGGUACGAGAUGCGGCAAGAAGCUGCUGGCGAAAGUUUGACGACGAGAAAGUCAGUGAUUUUGAUCCGAGUAAGCUGAAGGGAGAUAGGAUUUUGCAAAGUGCGGAAGCCUACCUGGUAUUUUACGGACGGGCAGCAGCUCGAUGA